AUGGCUCCCCCUAAGGCUCAGACAGAUAAAAAAGCCCCAAAGAACAUCGCUGUUGCAAAGGUCGACGCCAAAGCCACCGUGAAAAGUGGCACGAAGGCUAAAGCAAGUGAUGGAAGUACCUUGGUGGGCCCUAUGACACGUAGCAAGUCCCAGGCAAUCGCGUCAUCCAAAUAUCAGCAAAACUUGGUGAAAACCACUCCUGCAAAGCCGGCAAACGUGAAAACCCAACAUGUCAAGAACCCUGACGUUGUUCCAGAGGAGAUUCUGCCACCAGAUUCACUUAAUUCCAUCCAUGAUGCUCGCUCUAGUGUCGGUUCACCCCCUGAGUCACCACGUCAGACUUCGGAGCAUUCAAUCACUUUAAGAACCGUUGACUCUCAAGUACAAUCUAGGCAUCCUACAUCUUCCACAGCACCACCAACUGGGAAUCGUGCAACUUUCUCACCACCACCAUCUGGGAAUCCUACGUCUUCCACAGUAAUGCCGACGAAGAAUCCUAAUUCUACCGCACAAGGUACUCGCAUGGAAGACCCCAAACAGACACCGGUGAUAGAACAGGCGGGAAUGCAUUGGGGCCUUCUUUACAUUCUACAAGGAAUAAAACCUCGCACAUUUGAAGAAUUGGCAACACGUACCCAUGACAUGGAGAUCAGUAUGAAAUCCCAUGAAGGUAAAAGUCCCAUGGCCAUAGAACCACGCAAGGAUAAGAAAGACUGGAAGAAGGGCGAUAAGUCGUCAAAGACCGUUGCUAAAGAUUCCAUGGCUAUCUCAACCACCCCAAUCAAGAUAUCUAUUAAAGAUGAUAAAAAGGAUGAUAAAAAGCCUCACUAG